AUGUUACUAGAUGGGAACCCAGCGAUCGUUGACUCACUCGAGGCGCGUGCCGCAAAUUUUGUAUUUUUUGCUCUUCUCUGUUCAAUAUUUUUUGGUCAAAAAGUGUUUGUUUGUAUUUUUCUUUCCUUUUUCUCUUUUAGAUUUUUUUUAUUCUUUAUUCAUUUCUUAAAUAAUUCUUCCUUAAAUUUCUUGACAUCAUUUCAGUUUAUUCAAGAGACCUGAUCAAAUCCUUAAAUUUUUUUUCUAAAAAAAUUUUUUUUCUAGAAUUUUUUUCCGAAAUUCUUUUCCCUUUUAUUAAACCAAAUAAUCAAAUUCCAUUUCACUUUUC